UGGACGAAUGGGAGCCGUGCAGCACGUUUUGCCAAAUAUCAUUACGCAUGAAUAAACAGCCUUUAUUAUACCGUAUCCGCUUUGUCCAGAGUCUCAUCUUGGUCUCGUUUCUCCAAUAACUAAUCAUUAACAAAUUGGUAGCAAGAGGAUGGUUGAAACCCAUGAAUUCGGUCCAUAGACUUGAUGAGAGAAAAGACAAGUUGACGACAGAUUCUAGAAGGACGGGCGACCUGUCUACAGGAGCCAUCGGGGAUUCAACUCGCCUCAGGAAACUGAUCAAAGAGCUCGACACUAUAAGCACUCUCUACCCAGGUUCACAAGGUCCAGGAGGGGGAGCUGCCGGGGGACACGCCACCACUGAAGGUAAAAGUUGGAGACUGGGUAAGGGUAAAGGUCCAGAAGAGAAAGUGGCUGGAACCCAGGUGGACUGGUCCGUACGAAGUGAAGGAGGUUACUUCACACUCAGUCCAGGUCAAAGGUAAAUUGGGCGCACCUUUGCACCACCUCACACAUUGUACACCAGCUCCAACCCCUUCCCGCACACUGACGGAAGUCAGAACCGACCUAAGUGGUCUACAUUCGGCCCCAAAUCUUGCACCUCCUUAGUCAGGGAAAAUGGGAGGUUCAGCCCCAUAUUCACUGACUAAGUCACACCGUACUCCUUGGGAACGGUUGGGGAUCUCCGGACCCCUGUUUGUUAUUUUUCUUCUCAUAGGAGGAGUCACUGUAUGCACACUCACAUGGCUUAUAGACCAACAGAUGCACCCACUACAGAUUCACACACUGAAUUCUACUCUGCCAGGUGAAACUAACUCUCUCUCUUUUCCCUCCUAUCCACCACAAGACCAUACCGUUUCUAGGCGUGAGGUGGGGGUCACUAAGUGCACCCCCCAGGAGUUGAAGAGCACCACCUUGUGUUUUCCUUUCAAUGCCACCACCACCGCUUACCUGCCUUGGAGCCUUUUGGGUCAUGCGCAAAAUAGUCUGGGGCUACCUGCCUGGACCUAUUCCAGUUUUAACUGGUAUAUAACCAAAGGGGGAUAUGGUGAGUGGUCUUGGAAAAACCUGGUGGUGGAAACAGGGUCCAGCUAUUCCAAGGGACGGGUUGUCCUUGCCUGGCGCAAACGGCUUACACUUUCACGCACUGGUUUUCAACUAAAGCUGAUUGUACGACCUGGGACCACUAUGGGUUGCCAGGUUUUUACGUUGGCCCCAUAUGUAGAUACCAGCAGGACUGAAGUCCAUUUCACACUAUAUAUCUGCGUUACGCCACAACCACAGCCUACUUCUGUGACGGUGCGUGACAAUAUGGCAAAGCCACAUACCCUACCCCAGCACAGGGAUGGGUGGGGUUCUGCUGUUUUAGUGGUCACUACCCCUACCCCGGAUGAGAACAUUCGGGUUGCUACAGGUGUCUCAGGUUUGUCUAACAAUUGGUUAUUAUUGACCGAACAAGCAGCCAAUACAACCCCCACUAGUUGCGUAGUUUGCAUGGGUGCCAGACCAUUGCUCCGCAUUGUCCCGGCCACUGUCGAGAUUGGAUGUUUAAUGCCCCUUAUGGACAAAGACAAUCCGACUGGUAGGAUCCUUGUGGGAUGCAGUUUACCCUGUUGUCUCCGCUACGGUCAGGGCACCAGUAUUUUCCUCUGAUGUUGCCUGGGCCAAAUUCUCCUGUAUUAACAUGACAGGGGGUAUACUACAGUUAGGUUUGCUCCCUGUUGGUUGGUGUACAAAUACUAUCGUAGUAGUUGGUGGUUUUAAGCCAGUGAUCAGGGCUGACAUCUGGUGGUGGUGUGGGGGACCUCGGCUUUUGACAGAACUCCCAAUAAUGCUACGGGUACUUGUGCGCUUGUAACACUUCUGCUGCCUAUCUCUGUUUACCCUAUAGGUGUGGGUGAUUUGGUGACCCGGAUACAGGCUGUGGACCCACAGUUUCUGCCUACCAGAACCAAGCGGGAAGCAGCCCUGACUGUUGGGGAUCCCACGUAUAUUGAUGCUAUAGGUGUUCCUAGGGGGGUCCCUGAUGAGUACAAGCUGGUGGACCAGGUCGCCGCAGGUUUUGAAUCAUCUCUCUGCUGGUGGUGCACUGUGAAUAAAAAUGUUGACCGCAUUAACUAUAUACAUUUCAACGUCC